CAGCACUCUUCCAGUUACUCAAGGUUCAUCAAAAGCUUUUUCACACUAUAUAGUAAUUCAAGUUAAAUUAAUCUGCUUCACUUUUGUCCUGAGCUGCUCUGUGAUUAACACUGAAUUUGAGUGAAACCGAUUCACAAACAGGAAAACUCGAACAAAGCUUGUGUCAUAAAAUUAAAUUGUUUAUUUGCCGGUAAAGGUUGCUGUAAUUCCUAAAGCUUCGUCUAACCCUCAGGGGUAUUGUUUUAUUGUUGAGCUAAUGUGAAUGCUACUGUGAGCUAAGAUUAGCUUGGAUAAAGCUUCAGGUAUGAGCAUUUGUCCAUGGCCCAUAUCUACCCUGUGAUGACAGCUCCCCCCUUCAAUACAAUGGACAACAAUAGAAGUUUUAUGGAUGAUAAAGAUGGUUGUGAAGUGUUCUGUCUCUAUAAGGCAGGAAUACCUGGAAUAUUGAUCCACCCACAGUUUUCUAAACUUAGCCCAGGUGGCUGAUUUGGUCACGUCUAUAUAACUGCAGAGAGAGACAUAAAAAUGAUCUCUCAAGUCAAGAACUGCAGAGAAAGUCGUCACCAUGGCACCGAAGAAAGCGAAAAAGAAGACGACCGAGUCAGGCUCCAAUGUGUUCAGCAUGUUUGAGCAGUCACAGAUCCAGGAGUUCAAGGAGGCCUUCACCAUCAUGGACCAGAACAGGGAUGGUUUCAUUGACAAGGGAGACCUGAGAGACACGUAUGCUGCCCUGGGUCGUCUCAAUGUGGGCAACGAUGAGCUGGAUGAGAUGAUGAAGGAGGCACCUGGCCCCAUCAACUUUACAAUCUUCCUGGCUAUGUUUGGCGAGAAGCUCAAAGGAACUGACCCAGAGGAAACCAUUCUCAACGCAUUCAAGAUUUUUGACCCUGAAGGAAAAGGCGUCCUACGAGGAGAGGAGAUCAAAUACCACCUUAUGUCUCAGGCUGACAAGUUCACAGAAGAUGAGGUAAACCAGAUGUUCACAAACUUUCCCCUGGAUGUUGCUGGAAACCUGGAUUACAAGAACCUGUGUUACGUCAUCACCCAUGGAGAGGACAAGGAGCAGGAAUGAAAAAGCCUUUAACAACUCUCAAAUCACCUGUUGAUCCUCUGUCAUCUGAACAUCCUCACACUGAUUCUGUCUUGUUUCACCCACAGUUUUGACAAUAAACGUUUAAUGUGUUCAUUGCUCCUCAAUGAGCUGGUCUACAUGACAUUUCAGCAAAAUCAUCUGUCAGAUAUACCUGCCAAAUUCCAAUAAUACUGGGUAUCUGCCAAAUCAGAGUCGGUUAUGAUACAUAUAUUUACCUAAAUGCUGAUUAAAUAUGUAUCUCACACAUUCAUAAUACACAGCUGAUGCCAUUGAAAAAAUAACUCUCAUAUCCAGUGAAACAUAGGGGUUACCUGUCAUUAUUUUCAUUAACCUGUUAGCCUAUUUUUUUUAUUAUCUAGAUUAAGUAAAAUGUUCAAUGUAUGAAUGUACUGAGAAGAAAACCCUGAAGUUGAUGAAGUUGAUUUGCACUGGCAGAGACUGCACUUCAGGGAGGUCGUCUUUGUCUUGAGUGUGACGGAUGUGGUGAGGUGUCGAAAGAGGAAACUCAGCUUGUUCUGCUGCAACCAUCUGAUACUGGAGAAGAAUGCAGGCAGCCGGACCACUG